AUGAAGUCUUCUUUGGUUAUUGCAUCCGUCCUUUUGGCUGGCGUGGCUCUAGGAGUCAAUGCCUACARAAUCAACAACAACAACAACAACAACAACAAAAACCAGGAUGAAAUCCACACCCAGUGGUUCCGUUUCCAACAAACAGACUCCAGUGAUGAAUCGUUUAAUGUGGGUGCCAUCCUUUUCGAUCAGAAUACAGAUGAUACCAAAAUCUAUAACAACAAUGACCAAUUCAAAAAGCACGCCAUGAACAAUGAAGACAAUUCCGAAUCAACAUUCGCCAGCCGUCAAUACCAAAACAGUCAGUACGACGAAACCCAAUUCGGUUUAGACGAAAACUCAAAUCAACAACGUCAACAACAACGACAACAACAACAGUAUGGAAAUCAAAACCAAGCUGCUAGAGGUCAGUUCAAUGGACUCACCAAGAAAAUCGCCGAUAAAGUUGCAGCUAUCCAACAAAUUGCCGUCAACCACAAUAUCGCCGAUAACAUAAACUACUUGAACGGAGCUUUGAACGUUGUCAGAGAUUCYGUCAAAUUGUCCGCCAACAAUUUCGUGACGUUCUACAACUCAACCAUGAACAACCUCGAUAGCGGUAAAUUGAAAUACAUGUACUUAAACCCCGAAAACGACACUGUGCUCGCUCAGUACCAUUUCAACCAGAUCGAAACCGUUGGAUUGUUCAAAUCUGACGUCCGCGACGCACGUUCGGGUUACUUCACAAUUGUCAUGAACAACGUGUACAGUAACUUGUCUACCGGAUUCUACGACGACAAACACGCCGUGGUCAGGCCAGCAAAAUUCCAAAACGCCGACGCUAACAUCAAAACUCAAGACGGUUAUGCAACUCAAGCAUUCGACUCAGCCCUACAAAGAUUUAUGGGAGUGUUAGCCCACACUGUUUCCAGCGAAGUGAAGAUGUCCACCAGAAAUAAUGCGUUCGUCCAGAUCAAAAACGAAAUCCUAAGACCAAUCGUUUUCCAAAACACAGAAAACAACAAGUUAUUUGACUUGAUGUGGCAGGAAGACAACGUCGCCAUGGAAAUGCCCAACAUCAGAUUCCAGAAYUCACAACUGGCCUCCACCACCGAACAAUUGUUCAAGUCGAUGACUUUCCAAAGGAAAUCGCAAGACUCGUACACAAUGUCUUACGACUUUGCUCUUCACAACCUGGAAUGGACUUCCGCUGUGACCGUCAUGUCAGCGGGUCAGAGAACAACCACCCCUCUCACAMAAUUYAACGUUGAGAAAAUUAAUUUCCGAGUUAACCUCUCGAAAUCGUCCUUCAAUCAACAUCAGUCAUGUGACAAUAUCUCCACUAACGUUAAUGUACGAGGUCUAAACUACGAC